CAUACCGCUUGCAUAUCAGCCUCAUCUGUACCACUUGCACCAGCACCAGCACCAGCACCAGCACCCCAAUACCAAAACACUUAACAACUACAUACUCUUCUAACCUCAUUCAAUAUGACUGGACGCGGCAAAGGUGGCAAGGGCCUCGGCAAGGGUGGCGCCAAGCGUCAUCGCAAGAUUCUUCGUGACAACAUCCAGGGUAUUACCAAGCCCGCUAUCCGACGUCUCGCUCGUCGUGGUGGUGUCAAGCGUAUCUCAGCCAUGAUCUACGAGGAGACCCGAGGUGUUCUAAAGUCCUUCCUUGAGGGUGUCAUCCGUGACGCCGUCACCUACACUGAGCACGCCAAGCGCAAGACUGUCACAUCUCUAGACGUUGUCUACGCUCUAAAGCGACAAGGCCGCACCCUGUACGGUUUCGGUGGUUAAACUUUCAAUCUUGGGUUUUGGAAGGGGUUUGGUCACGUUUAUUAUGAAGUCUUUUCUCGCGGUUGCCACAUACUGUUUGCAUUGUGGUUGGUCAUGAUGAUCAUGGGAUUCGGUUCUGCGUUUAGGGUGUUCACUGUAUCAUAAGGGAUUUGGGG